UGGUGGGCGGCGGGCCGGCAGGGGACUCGGCCGACGGCGGCCGGAGCAUCGCGGAGCGUCGCGGAGCUGCGGCACGGACACCCCCGCGCGCGCGCGUCCACCCCCGGCGGCCACCGCGCCGCCGAGCAUCCCGCGGUCGCGCCCGCGCUCAUGCCGCAGCCGGGACGGGGCGGCGCCCCCGCGGCCGGGGACCCGCGGCCCGAGAGGGCUGGGCCGGCCGGGUGCGCGCCCUGCUCGGCCCGCUGAGCCGCGCCCGGGCCGGGGGGCGCGGGCCCGACCCCCUCCCCGCGCCCCGCCAGCUGCGCGUCCCGGCCCGCGCGCCCCGCUGGCCUCUCGCCGCUCCGAGCGCGCAGCUGUGCGCCGUGCGGGCGUUUUGUUUGGGGUUCUCUCCAAACCUGGGGUCUGGGAGAGAAAGGGGGGACCCCCCAGCCGGCGUGGGCAUCCGUGCCUGGGCCUCAUCUGCGGCCCAAGGUCCCGGCGGUCGGACCUCAGUUUCCCUCCGACUUUUCAUCCCCGCCAGCCCGGGCUUCUGCGCAUCAUUGUUCUCCCUGUCAAACGGGAGGGGAGGAGGGGGUGCCUUUGUGAAGGCUGCCAAGUUGGGGUGUGUUCUCCCUCUCCCCUUUUUCUAACCGAACAAAGCCUCUAAGCCGGUCCCCAUCACCCACCCAGCUCUGCCCCGCACUUCACCUAGCUGCUCUGAUUUGAUUUGAUUUUUUGUUUUGUUUUUGUUUCUUAUCGAGUAGUAUUUUAUUGUACAGGAGCCACGCCCUGGUUUCUUAAAGGAGCCUCGCACUGUUUGGCCAUGUGUUAUCUCCGCAGCUGGUGUGUGGGAGGCCUCCUGUGAGCCACCUAUAUUUUUGGUGCCUCCUGGCACGUCCCUCCCAUCUGCCCGGUCCCCCCCGGCAAGGAUUUGGGGAUGCCAGGAGGGAAGAAGGUGGCCGCGGGUGGCAGCAGCAGCAGCAGCAGCAGCAGCGGUGGCGGCGGCGGCGCUGCCCCUGCCUCUGCCCCUUCCGCAGCCGCGGCCCCCUCUGGGCUCAGGCGUUUGGAAAGCGGUGAAGGAGCCUUGGCCCCGCGGGACGAUGAGCCAGAGGAGGAAGGGGAAGAGGACCUGCGAGAUGGAGGAGUCCCCUUCUUUGUCAACCGGGGUGGGCUGCCUGUGGACGAGGCCACCUGGGAAAGGAUGUGGAAGCAUGUGGCCAAGAUCCACCCCGACGGAGAGAAGGUGGCCCAACGGAUCCGCGGGGCCUCGGACCUGCCCAAGGUCCCCAUACCGAGUGUGCCUACAUUCCAGCCCACGACGCCCAUCCCUGAGCGCCUGGAGGCCGUGCAGCGCUACAUCAGGGAGCUGCAGUACAAUCACACAGGAACCCAGUUCUUUGAAAUUAAGAAGAGCAGACCUCUGACGGGGCUGAUGGACCUGGCCAAGGAAAUGACCAAAGAGGCCCUACCCAUCAAAUGCCUGGAAGCUGUGAUCCUGGGAAUUUACCUCACCAACAGCAUGCCCACCCUGGAGCGCUUCCCCAUCAGCUUCAAGACCUACUUCUCAGGGAACUACUUCCGCCACAUCGUGCUGGGCGUGAACUUCGGGGGCCGCUACGGGGCCCUGGGCAUGAGCCGGCGCGAGGACCUGAUGUACAAGGCGCCGGCCUUCCGCACGCUCAGCGAGCUGGUGCUGGACUACGAGGCCGCCUACGGCCGCUGCUGGCACGUGCUCAAGAAGGUGAAGCUGGGCCAGUGCGUGUCGCACGACCCCCACAGCGUGGAGCAGAUCGAGUGGAAGCACUCGGUGCUGGACGUGGAGCGGCUGGGCCGCGAGGACUUCCGCAAGGAGCUGGAGCGCCACGCCCGCGACAUGCGGCUCAAGAUUGGCAAGGGGACCGGCCCUCCCUCCCCCACCAAGGACCGGAAGAAGGACGUUUCCUCCCCGCAACGGGCCCAGUCCAGCCCCCAUCGUAGGAACAGCCGGAGUGAAAGGCGGCCGUCGGGUGAGAAGAAACCGGCUGAGCCCAAAGCCAUGCCUGACCUCAACGGGUACCAGAUCCGGGUGUGAGGCUUGGCCAAGUGCCCUGGCCUCACCCUGUCUGGGGAGCCGGGACCCACCAGCCAGAACCAGCCUCACCCGUGGGUGGGGAGGGGCCUCAGAGUCCAGCUCAGCUCCCCCCAAGCUGCUGCCCCCUCUCACUGAGCCAAGACCCCUAACUUUGGGCCCAGAGGCAGUAUUUUCUUUGGAGCUUCUAACUUGAAGUUUAAGGUAUUUAGGGGGAACUGAAAGCA